AUGAGCGGUUCGCUGAGUUCCCCACACGCCGGAGGCGGUACCGCCAUGUCGUGCCACACUGGAACCUCCCCCAUAUCAAAUACAGAGCAACCCAAAAGCCUCGGUCAAGCGACAGUCUCAACGACCCCGAUAGUCGAUAGACCAGAGCCGACUCGUGCUCUGCAAAGCUUGCUGAUCACCCCGCAAUCCAAGGGGGUAGGCGGAACAGCUUAUUCGCCCCGAGGCGGGACGCGCAGCCCAGUCGAACCACUAGUAUCGUCACCUUUGCGCAUUAGUUCUUCAGCUAUGGCAUCAGCUCCAAGCUCCCCGGAGAGGCAGACUGCCGAGCCCGGGGCCUUUCCUCGCAGAUCAUCCGACCAGGUAAUCGCGACUGGUCGACCAAGUACGGGCCGGCUUGGCGAUGAUGACGCAAAAUCCAAUGUUGCGUCUAAUUCUGGAGAGCAUUCGCAUUCAAAAAAGCGUUUCUUGCAAGCCCGGGAUAGAUCGCAGGGCCGCAAGGGCAUGGCAGCUAUGAUCCCUGGCCGACUUCUCCCUCGAAGCUUUUCUCGCGGGCGAGACUCAUCACACGGAUCUUCCCAACGUGGAUCAUCACUUGACUCCAGAUCUCCCCCUUCCCCAGAGCGGGGUCGGCCCAGCUCUUCGGGUGGCCAUUCUUCGCACGUGGAAGAAUUCAAGCCUGCCCCUGCUGGUUCGGACAAGGGAAAGGCUAUCAACAUACAAGAUUCACUUAACAAAUCCGACGAAACUUUGGCAAGGCCCACUGGGAACCUGCCCGACUACGUUAAACCCACGGCCUCAGAGGAGGGAGGAGAGCGACUUGCCAAGGACGUCUUCGACAGCGAUAAGAACAUGAUCGAAAGUAGCGAGGACGAGGCCAAUGACACAUCCAGUGACGAUGACAGCACUCUGGAUGGCCACCGAGGUCGCAGUCACAAGCAGAAGGAUUCUGUUGAUAUCACAUCGAUCACUAAAAGUGACUUUGAGAAACCCACCGAUGAGAAAGCUAAGCAACCCGAGCAAGAAAAAGCAGCUGACAAGCCCAACGGAUCUCAAGAGAAGAAACCCCGAAAAUCUGCUUUGAAGGCUGUCGUACAUCCGCAGACGAGUUUCGACAUCCCAACACCUCGUCUCCACUCCGUUGCCGGUACGCCAUAUGGCUCGGAAGAUGAAGCUGAAAUUGGCGACAUUCACCGUGCCCAGAAGCUUAGCAUCUCCAUGUCCGAAAUUGACAACCGUGUUCCUCAUCGAUCAAUACGAACCAUCGUCCGUGGCAACUUUUCAAGCCUUCAGGACCAAGGAGAUGGUGGCCGUCGACGUCGACGCAAGUAUCUGAUCGCCACUGAUUUGAGUGAAGAAUCCGUCUAUGCACUUGAAUGGACCAUCGGAACAGUUCUGAGAGACGGAGACACCAUAUAUGCCAUCUACGUCAUACACGAGGACUCGACAACCACUUCAGCGGUACAAGUCGGCGAAGGAGCAAAAGCGAUGAAGGAUGCCAAAGCGGUUGUUGGAAGUCAGACAAAGGAAGCAAGUCAAAGCUCUGGGUCCCGUACAAUUCUUGGUCGUCUUGGCCCUGGCACUGCUAGCAAGACACACUCGGUUGAUUCGAGGGCCUCAUCCAUGGCCGAGGCUGAACGGGUAAGGGCAGUCGAGACUGUGUCUCAGACUUGCGUGAAACUGCUGCGCAAAACAGUCCUGCAGGUUCGCAUUGCCGUGGAAGUGAUCCACUGCAAAAACCCAAAGUCCAUGAUCACCGAAGCUAUAGAUGAGCUGGAACCCACCCUUGUUAUCGUGGGCGCACGAGGCCAGAGUGCCUUGAAGGGAGUCCUCCUUGGCUCCUUCUCCAAUUACCUCCUCUCUAAUUCCUCAGUGCCGGUGAUGGUAGCACGCCGGAAAUUGAAGAGGCAUACGUGGAAGGAUAAACUCAAGGGCGUGACGAAUGUGCGUCUAUCCAAUAAUCUAAUUACCCCGAAGAGUCUUUCUCAGGCGAAGGUGGACUGA